GAUGAUACGUGCUAUUACGUCCAAUUGGAUCUUUGUUUAUCAGAAGUGUUUUUUAAUAAUUAAAAGCAGUAAAUUAACAGGCUUAAUGGCGCAAAUUAAACACUUUGUAUAACGUUAACACAUUAUAUUCAACUACUACAACUGGUUGGGCGCUCUUUCAGCCAGCGCCAUGUACAUGGAUAAAGACUCGAGUGGUGCCAACAAACGCAGCGUACCCAAAGCGUGAGCACGAGCUAACAUUCCUGCCCACCACCAACGAAGCAAACGCAUUACCCCUACAACUUAAGUUGGAACAGCAAACUAGUCAGACGCUUGGCAGUUGCAUUUAUUUACUUUAAGGUGACACACACACACAGACACACAAAGGAACGACAACAAAAUGGGCAAUAAAAAUUCCUGCUGCGCCUAUGCAAGUCCUCAGUCGGAUCGCAAGUCCAAGGACAUACCGCCUGUGUUUGAGGAGCGACAUCAGUUGCCACAUACAUCGCAGCAUCAGCUGGAUGGACAUCAUGGUGGUAGCGGUGUGGCCAUGUCUGUGCAUCAGCAGCAUCAUCAUCAUGGACAUGGACACCAGCAGGGCAGCAGCGACAAUUUGAGAAUCAACAAGAAUUUACAGCACAUCUCAGAGCGCGAGGCACUUGAGGGCGAAGAGGAUCCCUCCUGUGAUCCCACAGCUGCCACCAUGUUUCUGGAACGCUCCAAAGUAGAGAACGGCGGCAUGACACGCAAGCGCUCUCAGCAUCAAAUCGCACAACAAAACAGCCACGUAGGCAGCGGUGGUGGUGCACAUACACCAGGCGCUAACAGUGCCGGCGGUGGUGGUGGUGGCCUGAAGAAAAGCUCUUCCUGCUCCACCAUUUAUUUGGACGACAGCACAGUGUCGCAGCCAAAUCUGAAGAACACCGUCAAGUGCGUCUCACUGGCCAUUUACUAUCACAUUAAAAAUCGUCAGUCUGAUCGACGCCUGGACAUCUUUGAUGAGAAGCUGCAUCCAUUGACACACGAUCAUGUGCCGGAGAACUAUGACACGCUAAAUCCGGAGCAUCGUCAGAUCUACAAGUUUGUCCGCACACUCUUCAAUGCCGCUCAGCUGACGGCCGAGUGCGCUAUCAUAACGCUUGUCUAUCUGGAGCGACUGCUCACCUACGCCGAGCUCGACGUGGGACCCUGUAACUGGAAGCGCAUGGUACUGGGUGCCAUUUUACUCGCUUCCAAGGUGUGGGAUGACCAGGCAGUAUGGAAUGUGGACUACUGCCAGAUACUCAAAGAUAUAACGGUGGAGGACAUGAACGAGCUGGAGCGCCAGUUCCUGGAGCUGCUGCAGUUCAACAUAAAUGUGCCGUCAUCCGUCUAUGCCAAAUAUUAUUUCGAUUUGCGCACGCUUGCCGAGGCCAAUGAGCUGAACUUUCCCACAGAGCCGCUGUCUAAGGAGCGAGCCCAAAAACUGGAGGCCAUGUCGCGCGUCAUGCAGGACAAGGUAACAGCCGAGGCGCUCAAGAAUGGCAUCAAGAAAUGGUCCUCCAUGGACAACAUUAGUCAGGGCGGUCCGCGCCGCAGCGUGGCCAUACUAUCGUGAUUUACAUUAGCUUAAUAAUUAAGCAAACCAAUUGAGAAUAACGUUCAGUGUGUAUUCUUAAAUAUGCUGUAGUUGCAACCCUUAGCGGUGCCGUACUGUACUGUCGUCGUCGUCUCCUACUCCUUCCCACUAAACUAAAGUUAAAACUAAAACUCAAACUUAAAAACUAAACUUGAGAUGAGAUAUCGCGAUUUCACAAUUAUUUUUUUAAAUACUUUUUGGACAAACAAUACUACAACUACAA